AGGAGGAGAGAGAGAGUCCACGCGGUCACUGAACGCCUUUGUGCUCUCAGACACCUCCGGACUCUGCAGCGGGAGGACGCAGCGAGCCUCGGCGGACAGACAGGGGGAGAAUCCCGGCUUCAGCGGCCGCCGCGCCCCGCUGGAGGAGGAUGGAGGAUCCGGAGGGAGGUUUGUGAAACAGGAGCUGCGUGUGUGAAGAGGGAGAGGAGGAGGAGGAGGAGGAGGAGGAGGAAAACUUGAAACAACAGACAGAAUAAAGGAGGAGAGGAGGAGUAAAGGGGCGUUGAUUGUAGCAGAGGAAGUCGUCUGGAUCUGUGACGGGACCCGGAUCGAUCCGGAUCAAAUGGAGGCCGGAGAGGGGAGGCAGUCCGACACAUACUCCGGGGAUGUGAGCUCACACCUCGGCUCAGCAGCCGCAGACAUGUCGCAUGACAUCAGCGCAGACAACUGCUACGAGCUGCUGACAAAAGCCAAGCGCGCGGGCGCGGAGGGCGAGCGGGACCGGAUCUACCGUUACAUGAGCGACCACUUCCUGCAGGUGCUGCGGAGCCCCGGGGUGUACGGCCGGCUCACCGCGGGGGAGAGGGAGCUCAUCUUGGCCCGCAGGAUGGAGGGGACCAAGGUGCUGGCGGUGGCGGAGAGCAGCGAGGUGACUGACCGCGUGGGGAGCCGGGAGAACAGCCGGCCGCAGAGCCCGCUGCUGGCCGCCCCGGAGGACACCGGACACCGGCGGGUGUUGUUCCUCCACCCGGAGCGGCAGCAGUGGGAGGUGCUGACCAGCCUGCCGGAGGAGAUCCCGGCCAAAGGCUCCGGGAUGUGCACCAUGUAUAACUACCUGUUCGUGGCGGGGGGCAUGAGGGCGCACGGGGACGGCCGCUCCAAAGCGUCGGACCGGGUGUUCUGCUUCAACCCGCGGACCGGCCUGUGGAGCCAGGUCCGGCCUCUGAGCCAGCCCCGCUGCCAGCUGCGGCUGGUCUCCAUGGACGGACACCUGUACGCCAUCGGAGGGGAGUGUCUGUUCACGGUGGAGCGCUACGACCCGCGCGCGGACAGGUGGAGUCCGGUGGCGCCACUGCCCAAAGGCUCCUUUGCCGUUGCGCACGAGGCGACGUCGUGCGGCGGGGAGCUGUUCGUGUCCGGUGGCUCGCUCUUCUACCGGCUGCUGCGGUACGACUCCCGCCGGGACGAGUGGGAGGAGUGUCCGUUCAACGAAAGCCGGCGCCGCUCCACCGACAUGGUGGCGCACCGCAGCCUCGUGUACCGCUUCGACGUGGACCGGGAGCGCGCAGGUGUGAGCGUGUACAAGUACAACACGGUGGUGAAGGCGUGGCACGGCGGCGCCUUCUUCCCGCUCCACAACCCGCUGCCUUUCCGCUGUGCGGUGCUCGGGGACCGGAUCUACUGCGUCAACCGGAACCAGGCGGUGCAGUUCGAGGUCCGGGAGGAGCGCGAGGAGCAGGAGGGCUUCCUGCCGGAGCUGCUGCCCUCCCCCCCGGACACCAGAGGGGCCCUGGUGCCCUUCGUCCUCUGUCUGGACCGGGACCACUGAGGGGGCCCGGGACAGAUCCGGCAUGGUUCGGGACUGAAGAGGCCCGGGACAGAUCCGGGACUGUGAGCUGAAGGAGUCCAAACAACAGCUGUGCCUUUUUCUUUAACUCUUUAACUCCUGAUUAACAGAAACUUUAGCUUCACUUGUUGCUGCAUGGAAAAAAAAAAAAAAUCAGCUGAUGAAAGAUGAGAGGAAGUGACGUCAGCUGUUUGGAGUAAAUGAAUGUUGAUGUUUGAUGCAGUUUGUCAGAAGCUGAAACCUGACGUCACAACUUAUUUAUGUUUCUUUAUAAUUAACAGAAAGAAAAUAAAGUUAUAAAAGAUAA